CUGUGUGGAGUAUAGUGUGGGAGCAUAAAAAAACACCUCAGCAACACAAGCACAUAAUAAGUACAUAAAAAAAUAAAGGGGACUGCGUGUGUGCUCGUUUUCGUGUGGAUUGACUCAACAUUAGCCGAUCACCGUGAAGAGGAAUAGGAGAACUCUCAGACGGAGUGAUUCUAUGAAUCCCUCACCCCCGAGCUCCACACACACAUCCUCCACCGGCGCUAUCUGCCGGCCUGCUGCGUCAUUGGUCGAAGAUUCACGGAGAAUCACGAGUCAGAGAACAUCCCAACACUAGCGAGUAGUGUGGUUGUGUUUCUUUGUGUGUGUUGAGCUUGAAGACGGGUGUGUCGUGUCGUCAGACAAAUCUUUGAGCUGUUGCAGUAACAAUGUCUUCAAAUGAGAAUAUGUCAGAAUCGAUCAUCGAACCGAUAACUGCUGCUCCCGAAGAAAUGUUUGAGAGAACUGUCGUCCAGUCCGAAGAAGACAUCGAUCAUCAGGGCAGACUGCUGGAUAUCACCUGGAAACCCGAAAUGAAGUUACACAAAACAGACCUCCCACAGCAACGUGUCUGCAUGAAGGAGGAGGUUCUCACUGAGCAGCAGCUCUGUAGCCAGGAGAGGAACUCCAGUUUGGACCAGGAGGAACAAGAACCUCCACAGAUUAAAGAGGAACAGGAGGAACUACAGCCCCCACAGUUGAAAGAGGAAUAUGAGGAACCAGAAUUUGUACAGAUUAAAGAGGAACAGGAGGAACCAGGACCUGUACAGAUUAAAGAGGAACAGGAGGAACCAGGACCUGUACAGAUUAAAGAGGAACAUAAGGAACUCUGCAACCGUCAUUGGGAAGAGCAUUUUAUACUGAAACAGGAGACUGAUUCCUUGGUCGAGACUCAUACUGAUGAGGAAAGUGAGCACAGUGAACCAGAACCAAACAGUGACCAAUCUCGCAGCUCUCUUUUAGCGGAGAGUCCAGAUCAGGAAGAGCUGAAUCCAAAGAAGAGCCGUCACAGUAACAAUGUAGGCAGCUCUCCCAUGUCAGAGAGUCAGUGUGAUACUGACACAAAGUAUAUAACAUGCGACGUCUGUGGAAAAGCCUAUAUGAACAAUUAUAUUUUGAUGAGACAUUACAAACUCCACACUGGUGACACACUGAAUCCUUACAAUACAUGUGAUAAAAGUUUACUGAAGGGAAGUGAUUCGACUUUGCUCAACAGUAUUCACUCAGAUGGGAAUCCAUAUUCUUGCAAAACAUGUGGGAAACGUUUCAGUAAAAAUAGGGAUUUGACUACACACAUGAGGACUCACACAGGUGAGAAGCUGUACAGUUGUAACUUAUGUGAUAAAACCUUUGCUCGAUGUGCUUCUUUAGCUAAGCACAAGAGGAAUCACACAGGUGAGAAGCGUUUCACAUGCAAGACAUGUGGGAAAGGUUUCUAUGAAAACUGUGAUUUGACUCAGCACAUGAGGACUCACACAGGUGAGAAGCCAUAUCGGUGUAAAACAUGUGGUAAAACCUUCACUCAAAGAGGUAAUUUAAAGGACCAUGUGAGGACUCACACAGGUGAGAAGCCAUAUGGUUGUGACACAUGUGGUAAAACCUUCAAUCACAGAGUUACUUUAAUGGAUCACAUGAGGAUUCACACAGGCGAGAAACCGUUCUCUUGCAAGAUAUGUGGUAGAUGUUUCCGUUUAAGUAUUUCUUUAAUUACACACAAUAGGACUCACACAGGUGAGACACCGUACAAUUGUGACACAUGUGGUAAAACCUUCACUCAAAAGAGUAAUUUAAUGAACCACAUGAUGAUUCACACAGGUGAGAAGCCGUUCUCUUGCAAGAUAUGUGGUAAACGUUCCCGUCAAAAGCAUGAUUUGACUAAGCACAUGAGGAUUCACACAGGUGAGAAACCAUAUGGUUGUGACAUGUGUGGUAAAGCCUACAGUCAAAAAGGUGCUUUAACAGCCCACAUGAGGACUCACACAGGCGAGAAGCCAUCUUCUUGCAAGACAUGUGGGAAACGUUUCUAUAAAAAUAGUAUUUUGGCUCGGCACAUGAUGACUCACACAGGUGAAAAGCCGUAUGGUUGUGAGACAUGUGGUAAAAGAUUCGCUAUAAGUGCCGCUUUAACAACGCACAUGAGGACACACACAGGGGAGAAGCCGUAUGUUUGUGGCACAUGUGGUAAAGCCUUUGCUGUAAGAUAUAGUUUAAAGAAUCACAUGAAGACUCACACACGUGAAAAGCUGUCAUCCUGACAAUUGAUCUAAUUCUUUUCGAAGAUGUUGAUAUAAGGUUUGGAUUUCAGAUACAUUCUGGACAAACAUGGGUCAAUUUCCUCAAGAUUCUUAGUGCCGAGAGCUGCCCCUAGUGGCCAAAAUCUAACAACAGCCUUAGGACCUUGAUGUUCUAACAAUUUCCCCCCAAAAUUAAGAGUACAUCCUGGUAAAUACAAAGGGUAUUCGUAUAGAAUUUUUGGUCUUAAGAGAGUUUGUAAGGUGAGAUCUAAUUAGAGCACUUGGCUCUAAGAGGCUGGAGAGAUAUUCUCGUAACCCUGAAUGACAGUGAGUUAAAAGCAAUAGGAUCACACAGGAAUCUGGCCUGUUAGAAAUCACAGACAUUGAUGAAAACUGUGCCUUUUUUACUGUUAUAGUGCAAAAUUUACCAGCAUGCUAAAUGAAUGUAAGCAAAUAAAUAUAAUUAGCAAGUGAUUGCUGUGCAUAUGGACCCGAAUUUUCACAUGUUGUGUUUGAUCAUUUUGUAACAAAUUUUCUUUUUAUGUAAAAUAGUAUUUACAAUGACACACUCUUCACAGAUUGUAUGUUUAAGUGUAUUUUUGUUGACCUUUUAGGAUCAACCAAUCACUUUUUGAAAUGAUGCCUCAUACUUGGCAACAGAGUCAAUCACACUUCUUCACUAAGAUCAGAGUUUCUGUCCAAUCUUUGCCCAGAGUUCUCUUAGAAUGUCCUGGAACCACUAAGAAUCUGGGAGUUUUUAGGAGCUCACUGAGAGGAAUGAUGGGGAAUACAGGCCCUGGCCAUCAAACAGAUUGAAGGGGACAUCUCCCUCUGCCUGGGACAGCCUUCUAGGUUGUAGCUCCAAGUCAUGUUGUAAGCGGUACCGUAACGGUUGUGCAGAAGCUACAGGACGAAAACAACAUAUGAUAACAAGACUGUUUUAAUGGCAGCAACUCAAAGAAUGUGGUUAAUAAAACAACCUUCCAGAGGUUGUAAUAUCAUGUAAAGAAACUGACAAUGUAUAUGUGACUUUAUUCCAUGUUAAACUGUGUGAGUUUGGUUUAUGACAUCUGGUUUUGACCAGUGUCAAACUGAAUAUUCAACAUGAGGCUGGUAAACUGUGAAGUGG